UAUCAUUUUUUUAUUUUCUCUCUCUUCCCCUGUUUCUCUCAUUCUCUCUCUGUGUGGGGCUUCCUGUGUGUGAAAGCAGUCUCUUUGAUCCAUGGGAAUAAAAAUCUGUUCAAAACCCAGAUACCAAAAUAGGAUUUUGUAUUGAAAUCAGUGAUAGGGAGGCCUAAAUUUGAUUUGGGUCAAUCUCCAAUGCGGUCUUAUAGAAGACCAAUAAAAAACAGAGACAACAGCUAUUGUUAUUAUUGCAACAGCGGAAAAACACGGAGAAAUAGAUCUGAAUUGGGUGGUGGGUGUUAUAGAGGGAGUGGGCGUGAGCUCGGAUCUGAUGGUGGAGAUUGUUUUGGAAGUGGGUUCAGAGAGUCGGGUUGGGUCAUCAAGUAUUGAAUUUGGCAUUAAUAAUAAUAUUAAUAGAAUAAUAAUAAUAGAGGAGGAGUUGGAGGUGGUGGUGGUGGUGGUGGAGGAGGUGGUGGGGCUGCAUAGACGACGAUGCAGCUUCACUUCUCGCCCAGCAUGAGAAGCAUAACUAUCUCUAGCAGCAGCAGCAAUGGGUUUAUUGACUUGAUGAAGAUCAAGGUCGCAGCUCGCCAUAUCUCUUAUAGGACUCUCUUCCAUACCAUUCUAAUCCUUGCUUUCUUGUUGCCCUUUGUCUUCAUUCUCACUGCUGUUGUUACCCUUGAAGGUGUCAACAAGUGCUCCUCAUUUGAUUGUUUAGGUAGGCGGUUAGGACCAAGGUUUCUUGGUAGGGGUGAUGAUUCAGGGCAGAGACAGGUUAGAGACUUGUACAAGAUUCUUCACCAGGUGAACACUGAGGAAAUCCCACAUGGUCUAAAGGUGCCAGAUUCAUUUAGUCAUCUUGUUUCCGAUAUGAAGAACAACCAGUAUGACGCAAGGACCUUUGCUUUCGUGUUAAGGGCAAUGAUGGAGAAAUUUGAAAGGGACCUUAGGGAGUCAAGAUUUUCAGAGCUGAUGAACAAACACUUUGCGGCAAGUUCCAUUCCUAAAGGGAUCCACUGUCUGUCUCUGCGUUUGACUGAUGAAUAUUCCUCCAAUGCCCAUGCACGCAAACAAUUGCCUCCUCCGGAAUUACUCCCUUUGCUCUCUAACAAUUCUUAUCACCACUUUAUUCUGUCUACUGAUAACAUUUUGGCUGCUUCUGUUGUUGUCACUUCUACUGUCCAGUCCUCUCUAAAACCUGAAAAAAUUGUCUUCCAUGUCAUCACUGACAAGAAAACUUAUGCGGGUAUGCACUCAUGGUUUGCAUUAAAUCCCGUCUCCCCAGCUAUUGUUGAAGUGAAAGGCGUUCACCAGUUUGACUGGUUAACAAGAGAAAAUGUUCCAGUACUUGAAGCUGUAGAGAACCAAAAUGGAAUUAGGGAUUACUACCAUGGGAAUCAUAUUGCAGGGGCCAAUCUUAGUGAUACAACUCCACGGAGAUUUGCUUCAAAAUUGCAAGCUAGAAGUCCAAAGUAUAUAUCCUUGCUGAAUCAUCUCCGCAUUUAUAUACCUGAGCUCUUUCCAAACCUCGACAAGGUGGUCUUUUUAGAUGAUGAUGUCGUGAUUCAGCGUGAUUUAUCUCCACUUUGGGAAAUUAACCUUGGGGGAAAGAUUAAUGGAGCUGUCGAAACUUGUAAAGGUGACGAUGAAUGGGUAAUGUCUAAGCAUUUCAGGAACUAUUUCAAUUUUUCCCAUCCCCUCAUAGCAAAGCAUUUGGACCCUGAUGAAUGUGCAUGGGCUUAUGGGAUGAAUAUUUUUGAUCUCCGUGCCUGGAGGAAGACAAAGAUAAGGGAAACAUAUCAUUCUUGGCUGAAAGAGAAUCUGAAGUCAAACUUGACAAUGUGGAAGCUUGGAACCUUACCACCAGCUUUGAUUGCAUUUAAAGGUCAUCUUCAUCCAAUUGAUCCAUCGUGGCACAUGCUCGGCUUGGGCUAUCAGAGCAACACCAACAUUGAGGGUGUGAAAAAGGCUGCAGUUAUUCACUACAAUGGCCAGUCAAAACCAUGGUUGCAGAUUGGCUUUGAGCAUCUCCGGCCAUUUUGGACCAAGUAUGUCAAUUACUCCAAUGAUUUUAUAAGGAACUGUCACAUAUUGGAGUCGUAGUCUAUCAGGUAGAGGUGGUUUAAACAACAUAGAUGGGCCUGGAAAAGACACGAGUGAUACAGGUUUCAUAUAAGUUUUUUUGUGGCUCGGAAUUCUUUUCGAGAUUUAUUUGAGAAUGCAAGAAGAAAAUUGGCCAAAGGGACAAACCUUGCAAGGUCCAGAUUUGCUGUCAUCCCCUGCACUGUUGCAGAUGAGGACUAGCAUCACUAGCACGGCAUGAGAUUCAUUCUUUCAAUCUGUAACAUAGCAAUCCGUCCUUUAUUUUUUGGUUGAGAAAAGGAUACUACUAUUGGUUUUCCAUCAGGGGAGUCCUGCCUGAUUUCUUAGAGCAUAUUCUGAAAUAAGGUGGAAAUAUACAAAGAUAGAAGGUACUGUUGUUAAUGUCAUCAUGUUGUUUGGUGCAAGGAAGAGAAAGGCUAGGAUAGACUCCCCCUUUAGCCCAGGAAUGUUCUUUCCCUUCAUUUCUUUUUGUUGCCUUCAUUUUUGUUAGUACCCAUUUUUUCCCCUUUCAUUUGAUAUCAUCAUUUAGGGCAGAUCAUGAGAUUGCUCUGUUACAGGUCCCAUUCAAAUGGAGAACUGUUCUUAGGUUAUAUAUCGGUAUUUGUUAUGUACGAUUCAUGAGAGACAUUGAAAUGUGCAGAAAAUUCUUUUUCCCAA